AGGGAGAGACCAAUGAAAAUGGCGGCGACAGGUUCCGCCAGAUCUACUAGUGGAUUGGGUCACAAAUGCAAAACCAGGCCCGCCGAUAUGCUGAAAACUCGGACACCUUCACAGCUGCUGACCCUGGAGGAGGCAAGGUGUCCGGUUUGUUCGGAGAUUUUAUUAGAGCCCGUAACUAUGCCAUGUAGCCACUCGGUGUGUCUGCACUGUUUCAAGCGGACAGUGGAAUUUACCAGUUUGUGCUGUCCCCUCUGCCGGCUGCGAGUAUCCAGCUGGGCCCGUAAACAGUCCCGGGAGAAAAGCCUAGUUAACAUCGAACUCUGGGAAAUGGUUAGAAAGAGUUAUCCACAACGAUGCAAGAGGAGAAUGGAGCAGAGAGACUGUGAGACUGGUGGAGAAGGUAUGCUUUUUUGACAACAACAGUUAUUACAAUUCCGUUUUAGUCUAUGCUGUUUGGUGUUGUAUUGGGUUAGGGUGCAUACAUUUGUUUAUGUCGUAAGGAUUUUGUCCAGUCUACUUAAUUUGUUUCCAAUUAUAGGUUAUGAUCACGAACACAAAGUAGGAAAGCAUAUUGGCCUAUCAUUUUCAUUCGCGGCAAACAUUGUAACUGACAGCGGUGCUGUCAUUCCGUGUUGGUAACACAACUGCAGUGCAUACAGUUUCAUGUUGAAAGUCUUGUUCUAGUUUAAAAUAGUGUGCUAUUUUGUUGUUACAACGAUAUAAUUAGGAAUUAGAAGGGUUUCUGUUACAUUGUAACAAAUGCUAUUCAACUCGGCGCUAUGCGUUCUCCCGUCUUUGAUGGUCAUUCUAUUGAACCAAUAGGCUCUUGCACAAGGCAGGAGAACCAGACCAGUCAGUUUUGAUAUACCAGACUUGUCUAGGCAUAGAAAGUUUCGCUGUGACUUGCCCAGACUUGUGGAGCUUUUUGUGGGAGGAGCUACUCUAUUGACACAAUCUGUACUGUCUGGGGUGUCUUUAAAUGUAAUAUGUUAUAGAAUUGUGUGUAUACCUGUUCUAUACAGUGGUUCCCAAACCUUUUUGACCCAGCUCUUGAAUUCAGAAUCUUUUUGAGUGAUUUUUAUAAUUAACAUUUUUUUUUCUCCAGAGAUUUUCCGCACGCCUGCUCAGGUAUCAGGAGAGAUCCGACUGGAGUAUGGAAAGCAAAAAGUAAAGGUAAUAUUGUAAUAUGGGUUAAUAAUUGUUGAUUAUUUAUAUACAAUAGUAGAGGUUUUGUGUCCCAUAGUGCAUCCUUUUAAACAUUGUACAAUACCCCUAAACCCCUCAAAAGGAGAUAACUAUGUGUUUGAGACUUGGAUUAGAGAAAAUACAAAAUAUAUUGAUAUAAUUUUAUUCCUAUCACAAAUUCCAUUGUUGUAGAUGGGCACACAACACAUUGAUUUUAAACAACCAUGGGUUCAGUUACUAUCAGUAAGAAGUGAUUUUUCUUUUUCAGGUACCAAUGAAUGAAGAGAAAGAAGAGGGGAGGAGGAAAGUCCUCCACCACAGAGAGGGAUGUGGAACUCUCAAGCGCUUUCAAGAUCCUGUACGUUUGUUUAUCUUGUAACCCUCUUAUGAAUAGAUUGUUGAAUAGAUUGUUGCUCAGAAUGGUAUGCCAACAUAUUGAUGAAUAAGUGUAAACAUGAUGCUGAGAAAUGCAACCCUCUCUUCCAGUUCUAUGGGUUGCUGUCAGACUCGGAGAAUGAAGAACCCAUUGGGAAGAGAACCAGAAAUGUUUCUGCGUUUGUUAGAAGAACAAAGAUCUCAGCGUUUGUUUAUUUUUUACAUUGAGGGCUGCUUGUAACUGUGCAAUAAUGUUCUCAUAUAACAGUAAUGAACAAUCAUGUUGCAAAAUUUUUUUUUUGUUAAUGCUGCAGUGUUGAUUAUUUGCAAAGCCAUUGAACAAUUGAUGUUACAUUGAAUGUUUUUAGCGAUUUUAAUUCAGUUAUUUACUCAGUCCCCUUUUCCAUCAGAGGUCUACAGACCAAUGUGGUGCAGAGAAGCCAGAGCUGUACUGAUACAGAGGAGGGAAGGCGAAAAAUAAGGUUGUCUACUCAUCUUCCUGGACUGGACAAGGUAUGAAGCUGUGCUUUUAAAGGAAGGUUUUAAUCCCUAAAAUGGUCAGAGCUGUUUGAAGUGCUUUAAGGUCCCAAACAGUCAUUCUGAUUCCCAUGUAAAGUAGCCAUUUGAGUGACUAAAAUACUGUAGACCCCUUAAUAUAUUUGGGGGAUAGAAAUGCUAAACAUUUUAGAUAUUUUUUUUUUUCUCUCAUGGCUAAUUUCCCUUUCAUGGCUAACUACCAGGAAGUUUGAAAAGAGGCUGAGUGGGCGGGGAGCUUAUAUUCAUGAGCUCGCCUUGAGACUGACAGCUCUUUGAAACACCUAUGUCAAGAAACUUGGAUGCAGUGAGCAGUGUUGCAGUCAAAUCUUCUCAAACAAAUUGGGUGUUACACAAAGGAACUCAAACAACAUUGAAAUUGGCAUGUCUCUUGUGAUGCGGUUCACAGCCGCACUAACGGAUGUGUUGACAUGACAACUGCGUCAUAGUUUUGAACGACCCCCCCCCCCCCUUUUGUUCCAUGCUGGCUGAAGACCUAGCUAGCCAGUAACUAGCUAACACCAGACACAGAUGAAAGGGGAGACAUACAGUGCAUUCGGAAAGUAUUCAGACCCCUUGACUUUUUCCACAUUUUGUUACGUUACAGCCUUAUCUCUAAAAUUGAUUAGAUAAAUAAAAAUUCCUCAUCAAUCUACACACAAUACCCCAUAAUGACAAAGCUAAAACAGUUUUUUAGAUUUUUUUUCACAUUUUAUUACAAAUAAAAAACAGAUACCUUAUUUACAUAAGUAUUCAGACCCUUUGCUAUGAGACUCGAAAUUGAGCUCAGGUGCAUUCUGUUUCCGUUGAUCAUCCUUGACAUGUUUCUACAACUUGAUUGGAGUCCACAUGUGUAAAUUCAAUUGUUUGGACAUGAUUUAGAAAGGCACCCACCUGUCUAUAUAAGGUCCCACAGUUGGCAGUGCAUGUCAGAGCAAAAACCAUGCCAUGAGGUCAAAGGAAUUGUCCGUAAAGCUCAGAGACAGGAUUGUGUCGAGGCACAGAUCUGGGGAAGAGUACCAAAACAUUUCUGCAGCAUUGAAGGUCCCCAAGAACACAGUGGCCUCCAACAUUCUUAAAUGGAAGAAGUUUGGAACCACCAAGACCCUUCCUAGAGCUGGUCGCCCGGUCAAACUGAGCACUUGGGGGAGAAGGGCCUUGGUCAGGGAGGUGACCAAGAACCCAAUGGUCACUUUGACAGAGCUCCAGAGUUCCUCUUUGGAGAUGGGAGAACCUUCCAGAAGGACAACCAUCUCUGCAGCACUCCACCAAUCAGGCCUUUAUGGUAGAGUGGCCAGACGGAAGCCACUCCUCAGUAAAAGGCACAUGACAGCCCGCUUGGAGUUUGCCAAAGGGCACCUGAAGGACUCUCAGACCAUGAGAAACAAGAUUGAACUCUUUGGCCUGAAUGCCAAGCGUCACAGGAGGAAACCUGGCACCAUCCCUACGGUGAAGCAUGGGGGGAUGUUUUUCAGCGGCAGGGACUGGGAGACUAGUUAGGAUCAAGGGAAAGAUGAACGGAGCAAAGUACAGAGAGAUCCUUGAUGAAAACCUGCUCCAGAGCUCAAGACCUCAGACUGGGGCAAAGGUUCACCUUCCAACAGGACAACGACCCUAAGCACACAGCCAAGACAACGCAGGAGUGGCUUUGGGACAAGUCUCUGAAUGUCCUUGAGUGGCCCAGCCAGAGCCCGGACUUGAACCCGAUCGAACAUCUCUGGAGAGACCUGAAAAUAGCUGUGCAGCGACGCUCCCCAUCCAACCUGAUGGAGCUUGAGAGGAUCUGCAGAGAAGAACGGGAAAAACUCCCCAAAUACAGGUGGGCCAAGCUUGUAGCGUCAUACUCAAGAAGAUUCGAAGCUGUAAUCGCUGCCAAAAGGUGCUUCAGCAAAAUACUGAGUAAAGGGUCUGAAUACUUAUGUAAAUGUAAUAUUUCAGUUUUUUAUUUUUAAUACAUUUGCUAAAAUUUCUAAACCUGUUUUUGCUUUGUCAUUAUGGGGUAUUGUGUGUAGAUUGAUGAGGGGGAAAAAAAAGCAAUUUCAUCCAUUUUAGAAUGAGGCUGUAACAACAGGUGGAAAAAGUCAAGGGGUCUGAAUACUUUCCGAAUGCACUGUAUAGGUAUCUUUGCCGUAGAUUAGUAGUAAGUCGCUCUGGAUAAGAGCGUCUGCUAAAUGACUAAAAUUAAACAAUAAAAAAAUGAAUAGCAUAAACUUUUAAUAAUAUUUGCAGACACCCUACAGUCAAAUGUUGGCACCAGUAGAGUAGCUAUCUACCUACAGUGCCUUCAGAAUGUAUUCACACCCCUCAACUUUUUACACAUUUUGUUGUGUUACAGCCUGAAUUUAAAAUGGAUUAAAUUGAGUUUUUGUGUCACUGGCCUACACACAAUACCCCAUAAUCUCGAAGUGGAAAUAUAUAAUUUUAAAAUGUUUACAAAUUAAUUACAAAUUGAAAGCUGAAAUGUCUUGAGUCAAUAAGUAUUAAACCCCUUUGUUAUGGCAAGCCUAAAUAAGUUCAGUAAACAUUUGCUUAACAAGUCACAUAAGUUGCAAUGGACUCUGUGCAAUAAUAGUGUUGAACAUGAGUUUUGAAUGAUUACCCCAUCUCUGUACCUCACACAUACAAUUAUCUGUAAGGUCCCUCAGUCGAUCAGUGAAUUUCAAAUACAGAUUCAACCACAAAGACCAAGGAGGUUUUCCAAUGCCUCACAAAAAGGGCUCCUAUUGGUAGAUUGGUAAAAAAUAAAAGCAGACAAUGAAUAUCCCUUUGAGCAUGGUGAAGUUAUUAAUUAUACUUUGGAUGGUGUAUUAACACCCAGUCACUACAAAGAUACAGGCGUCCUUCCUAACUCAGUUGCCGUAGAGGAAGGAAACCGAUCAGUGAUUGACUUUAAAACAAUUAGAGUUUAAUGGCUGUGAUAAGAGAGAACUGAGAAUGGAUCAAAAACAUUGUUACUCCACAAUACUAAUCUAAAUGACAGAGUGAAAAGAAGGAAGUCUGUGCAGAAAUUUCCAAAACAUGCAUCCUGUUUGCAAUAAGGCAUAACAUUUUAAAAAAUGUGGCAAAGAAAUGAACUUUAUGUCCUGAAUACAAAGCGUUAUGUUUGGGGCAAAUCCAAAACAACACAUCACUGAGUGCCACUCUUCAUAUUUUCAAGCAUGGUGGUGGCUGCAUCAUGUUAUGGGUAUGCUUGUCAUCGGCAAGGACUAGGGAGGUUUUUUUUGGAUAAAAAGAAACAGAAUAGAGCUAAGCACAGACAAAAUCCUAGACGAAAACCUGGUUGAGUCUGCUUUCCAACAGACACUGGGAGACAAAUUCACCUUUCAGCAGGACAAUAACCUAAAAUACAAGGCCAAAUAUACACUGGAGUUGCUUACCAAGACAACAUUAAAUGUUCCUGAGGGGAUUAGUUACAUUUUUUACUUAAAUUGGCUUGAAAAUCUAUGGCAAGACUUGAAAAUGGCUGUCUAGCAGUGAUCAACUACCAACUUGACAGAUUUUAACUGUUCACCGGGAGCUUCAUGAAAUGGGUUUCCAUGGCCUAGCAGCUGCACACAAGCCAAAGAUCACCAUGCGCAAUGCCACACGUCGGCUGGAGUGGUGUAAAGCUCGCUGCCAUUGGACUCUGGAGCAGUGGAAACCCGUUCUAUGGAGGGAUGAAUCACCCUUCACCCUCUGGCAGUCCGACGGACAAAUCUGGGUUUGUCGGAUGGCAGGAGAAAGCUACAUGCCCCAGUGCAUAGUGCCAACUUUAAAGUUAGGUGGAGGAGGAAUAAUGGUCUGGGGCUGUUUUACAUAGUUUGGGCUAGGCCCCUUAGUUCCAGUGAAGGGAAAUCUUAACGGUACAGCAUACAACGACAUUCUAGAUGAUUCUGUGCUUCCAAAUUUGUGGCAACAGUUUGGGGAAGGCCCUUUCCUGUUUCAGCAUGACAAUGCAUCCAUGCACAAAGCGAGGUCCAUACAGAAAUGGUUUGUCGAGAUCAGUGUGGAAGAUCUUGACUGGCCUGCACAGAGUCCUGACCUCAACCCCAUCGAACACCUUUGGGAUGAAUUGGAACACCAACUGUGAGCCUUACCUAAUCUUCCAACAGCAGUGUCCGACCUCACUAAUGCUCUUGUGGCUGAAUGGAAGCAAGUCCCUGCAGCAAUGUUCCAACAUCUAGUGGAAAGCCUUCCCAGAAGAGUGGAGGCUGUUAUAGCAGCAAAGGGGGGACCAACUCCAGGUUAAUGCCCAUGAUUUUGGAAUGAGAUGUUUGACGAGCAGGUGUCAACAUACUUUUGGUCAUGUAUUUCAUUUUCAAUACAUUUGCAAAAAUGUCUAAAAACAUGUUUUCACUUUGUUAUUUUGGGGUAUUGUGUGUAGAUGGGUGAGAAAAAAUAUCUAUUAAAUUUUGAAUUCGGGCUGUAACACAACAAAAUGUGGAAUAAGUCCAGGGGUAUGAAUACUUUCUGAAGGCACUGUAUACAAACCACGCCCCUCUGCAAACACGCCUUCUCAGCUGUUGGUUACAAGGCGGUACUUAUUUAAAUUAGGUAAGAGAAUUAGGUACCAUUGGUGCAUUAAAAUGAGAGUUAGGUUGAUGUCCAAUGUUCCCUCUAAGCUGCGCCUGUGCAAGGCGGCGCACCACCUCCAGGACUGCCGGGCAGAAGAAAUGCCAGGCCGCGCAGAGGCGCAAGAGAUUGAACUUAACUGAGUUCACCGCAUUAGUUUGCACUAUAUAGAAUUUUUUUCUGUGAUCGAAUCAACAUUAUAUCAGUCCCUUGUCUUUUAAUCACCUGCAAGUGAAUUAAUGUGCUUUUCAGAUCAGUUCAGAUCAGAGCCAUGCGUGUGAACAUUUGUUGAUAUUCUUUGCUAGUUAGCGAGUUAUUAGCCUAGUUAUAGAUAAGUAUAGGUCAGCAAUGGAGAGUUACUGCUUCCUACAAGAGUACAAAACCUGUAGGCUACAUUUCAAGCUGUCUUUGAAAGCGAGUCAGGUAAAAAGCUUAUGUCUUAAUUAAAGGGACAGUGUUGUAUUUUGAGACAGGCUUGAAUAUGCAAAUAAGCCAAUAUGCAGAGGUGUAGCCUACAUUGUCUAAUUCUCUGUAUGGUAAUAAUAAUGUAUUUUAUUUUGUAAAGUGGUUUCUUGCAUCAUACAACACAAUACAAUGCAAUUUACAGUCACCUAUUUGGCCCAUGGUUGUACAGCCUUAGUGUUCACUGUAAACAGGAGCGGGAGGUUGCCAAAAUUCUCACAACAUUCCAGUUUACGCUCACAAGACCUAAAAUUUGAGGGAACAUUGGUGAUGUCACCCUAUCCCUUUAAUAAUCACCCCUCCUGAAUCUAAGUAUUUGACAUGGGGGAGGGGACAAGUAACUUUAAGAUCAAACUUGAUCAAUGUAGAAGCAACUGUCAUUUUUCAUGCUUUGGUCAUCAUACUUUGAUCUGGUUUCAUCCAAAAAUCAUCACAUUCCAAGAAAAAUAUGAUUUUGACUGUUCGUGACCUUUAAAACAUUGCUCUUAUUGUUUUUGUUGGUUUGUUGUCUCUGUACAGGCAAGUAUUGCUCACAGCUACAAUGCAGGAAUCCUUCUGUCCUCUGAGAACAGCCGAUCUCUUUCGGCACCCAUCAUUGUCCAAGACAAGAGGCAUAGCUGGCGAGGUGUCAUCAUGGCAUCAUCAACACCUUUUAUGGUCCCCCAGUCGAAACAGGAGAGGUCCAUUAGCCCUGAGAGCAAUGACAGUAUCUCUGAGGAGCUGAAUCACUUCAAGCCAAUAGUGUGCUCGCCGUGCACCCCACCAAAGCGACUACCUGACGGCCGAGUGAUGGAACCCACAAUUGUGAAGUCCACCCCCCGGAACUUAUUCCGCAGCCUGCAGAGGCUCACCAGCUAUGAAGCCAGCCCUACAAUCCUCCAGAAAUGGAAGCAGAUCGAGGUGGACCGUCAGUCUGUCAAAGUGACCUCGAAGGGCACCUUGACCAGCCCCAUGAACGAGGACCUUGUCUUCAAACCAAGCCCCAUAGAGGAGAAGCACGGCAAGCCCUGUAGCUGCGCUCCAGCAGCAAAUAAGGGAAAAGAACACUUGGGUAUGUGUGCCAAGACUGAUUCCUCUGGGCAAGAGAAUGAAAGAACUUGCAUACAUAAUAAACGAAGACUGAUAUUUGACCAGGCCAUUGGAGAGACCACCUUCCAUCAAAAACAAUUCACAAAGUUUCAUACUCCAUUUGUAGCUUUAACCAGUGAGGAGACUGUAAAAGAAUGUGGGGUUUCUUCUGAGUCUGUGGUGGUACCUGAAUCACAUUGUGGACCAACUUCAAUUCAUCAAAAUCUGACAUUAGUCCCACAUGAUAUGAAUGCCAGUGUAAGGAGUUGCAAACUUAAAUCAAAGGACUCACAGGAUCAGAGGAAAGAGUUGGGACAAUAGAAACUGUGCCCAGAACCGACCUACCUCAAGGAGGGGCAAGAAGAGGAGCCAGAAGACCAAACACCUGGAGGAGACAGAGUCUGGACUCAAGAGGCCAAUAUCACAGAGCCAAGAUGGUUUCAAUAUAGAGUGUGCACAGACUGACCUGUACAUUCAACAGGUACAGCAAGAGAGAGAGGACAGAGAGCUAGCGUUGAAUCUUCAAAGACAGUUUGACAGGGAACAGCAACAAAUAGACAAGCAAAAGACCAGUCCUGACAAGUACUUUCUCCGGUCCUGCAUGUCC